UGCCUCCCAGAUGCCCUUUUGCCUCCCCGGUGUUGCUGGGCCCGUGGUCCUGUCCUGCCUCAGCCCUGCAGAGCAGUGUGCCUCGGUGGCUUUCCAGUCAUGACCCAGGAGCCCAUGAGCAUGGUGGGGAAGUGUGACACCAUCUACAAGGGCUUUGCUGGCUGCCUCAUCAGCUUGGGGGACAGCAUGGUGCAGAGCGUCCAGCGGCAGCAGGAGAGCGGCCAAGAGGUGCAGGAGCUGGACUCCAUCUGCAAGUCCUGGGACGACUUUCAUGCGUGUGCCAGUGGGGUCCUGUCAAGCUGCCCUGAGGAGGCAGCCGCCAUCUGGGAGUCGCUGCGUGAGGAAUCCCGCAAGAUCCAGUUCCAGGGAAACCUGCAUGAGCUAUGCAGCACCCGGGCCCAUGUGGCCAGCGCCCGGGGCUUACCAGCUGCUGAGACCAACCAGGAGACGCUGCGAGGCUCAGCUGCCCCCGUGCUCCUCAGCCUCCUGCCCUUGCUGGUCCUGCCACUGCUGGUGCCCUGGGUCUAGCCCUGUGGCAGUGCUGGGGCCCCUUUCCACCCGACCUGGCUCAGGACAUCCCCAGGAUCCAUUUGAGGAUGAGGAUCCAGGAGCAUCACCUCUGCUGCAGCAGGGAGGCCUGUGCACUAGGGCCGGUGGUGGGGACGUUGCCUUGCUACCCACAUCGCAGCCCUCACGGCCAGCGCCGAGCCCUGGGGCCAGCCCAGCUGCAGCACAGCAGAGCUCUGCCCCAAUGAGGCAGCUCAGGGGGUGGUGGCAUUUCAGGUAGCCGCCUCUUCAAGUGCCACUGCCUCUGGGGAUGUCCAACAGCCCUGCCAGUCCAUGCUCGGGGCUGUGGUCGCCACAUAGUGGAGGCCUGUCCUGAGAGACAAGGGCUGCACCCACCCUGUAGAGCCAGGCCUAUUCCCAGGGCUGUUUUGGGCUCCCUCUUCCUUGGGGUCCCAGCACCACUAGGGACAGCUCUGAUGCCACUGAGGGACCUGAGCGAGAGGAGGCUGCAGGGUGGCCCUUGCCCUUGGCGGGGGUUAUUGCCAGCAGCUCAGUCCCUCGCUAUCCCCACGCAAGGUGAACCCAGCCCUCUUGGUCCCUCAUCCCCUGUGGCCUCAGUGCCCAUGUUGUGCCCACCGCCAGGCCCGUUUUAUGGGGGCAUAGUCUUCUUUCUCUACUGGAUCACUUCAGAUGGAUUUAUAUUUAUAU